GGGCUGGGAUACUUGGAAAUCAACAAAGAGUGGCUGAGUUAUAUUUGAAAAGAAUUUCUAUUCCAUCUUUACAACAAGAGUUUUCAUUUCUCUCUUUCUUUUUUUUUUGUUUCGAAUGAGAAAAAAGUGAAUAAAAUGAAAUGUCGUUGUUUGUAAAGAAUCCCAUCGGUGUGGAUUGUAUUCUUCCUCGUCGUCAACUAUUAUUCACACCUUACAAGUGUUCAACUUUCUGUCCUACUCAUCGAUUCCCUACACUUUAUAUUCGACAAUCGUCUACUAUUGGUUUCACUAUGACUCAGUCUACUCAAAAAGUUGGCUCAAGUGUUUGUAAGGAUCCUUGUGACCUGAUUGGAAACACUCCCAUCGUCCAACUCAAGAAAAUACCAGCUACCGAAAAGGAUUGUCAAGCUAUUAUCUUGGCAAAACUGGAGUCCAUGGAGCCUUGUUCUUCUGUCAAAGACCGUAUUGGUAAGAGUAUGAUUUUACAAGCUGAACGAGAAGGUAAAAUACAACCCGGUAAAAGUGUAUUGAUUGAACCUACUUCUGGGAACACUGGAAUAGCAUUGGCUUUUAUUGCAGCUUCACGUGGAUAUUCUCUCAUCUUAACUAUGCCCGAGUCGAUGUCCAUCGAACGACGAAUGAUACUCCGUGCCUUUGGAGCACAAGUUGUGUUGACUCCUGCUUCAAAAGGUAUGAAAGGGGCUGUAAAGAAAGCAGAAGAAUUGUUAAAAACUAUACCUAAUGCAUACAUGUUGCAACAGUUUUCCAAUCCUGCCAACCCUAAAGUCCAUUAUGAGACGACGGGACCGGAGAUUAUGGCAUCUGGAGGUUGUGAUAUAUUUGUUUCAGGAGUAGGUACUGGAGGAACUAUUACAGGUACUGGAAGAUAUCUAAGGGAGAAAAAUCCGUCGGUCCAAAUAGUUGCCGUAGAACCGAGUGAGUCUCCUGUAUUAUCGGGAGGCAAACCUGGACCUCAUAAGAUUCAAGGAAUUGGUGCAGGAUUUAUACCUGAUAUAUUAGAUACGAGUAUUUACGAUGAAGUAUUUCAAGUGAGUUCUUCUGACGCUAUUACUAUGGCCAGAAGGAUGGCUAUAGAAGAAGGCUUAUUGGUUGGGAUAUCUUCAGGUGCUGCUGUUUAUGCUUCUAUUGCUAUUGGAAAGAGACCGGAGAAUCAUGGAAAACGGAUAUUAUGUAUUAUUCCUAGUUUUGGAGAACGAUAUUUGACGAGUGCUUUAUUUGAUCCCCAACGAGAAGAAGCUUAUAAUAUGCCGACGGAAUCGAUGGAAGACGACUCAUAAUAAAGUAUUGUGUGAAUUUGUGAUAUAAAAACC